AUGGAUAUGUUGGGUAACGACGAGUCGAUGGCCACCGAAGACAACGACAGCCAAACGUGGCAUCAAAUCAAUCAAAUCAAACACAAAGACAUGGGCCUAACCGCCGCUCAAUUGUCUUAUGGAGCGAGUGUUGAAAAGAGGCAUAUAGUGGGAGAUCUGAUGCAUUUACUCAACCCGUUUGGUCACUGCCAGAGCUCUCCCGUCAAAAGUGUUGGAGCCGUUGGAGACAAACCGAGUGUAUUGAAGGUAGACAUGGAUCAGGUAUUACAGGCCGACUGCGCCCACCCCUUGUCCCCCAACUAUAAGCAAACUUUGCGCCGAUUGGACGUCGAUUUGAGACAAUUCAUGGUUUUGGAUCCGACGAAU